GGCGUUCGUGCGCGUCGGCCACCGCCGAGGCCGCGCGGCUAAAGCUAAACAACCAUGCCCCAGCACGAGCACAUCGACCAGCACCGGAAGCGCCACGGCGAGCGCCUCGACGCGCCCGAGAAGCGGCGCAAGAAGGAGGCGCGGUCCGUCCACGAGAAUGCGAAGUUCGCCAAGAAGGUCCACGGCCUGCGCGCCAAGCUCUACAACAAGCAGCGCUUCAAGGAGAAGGCGACGAUGCGGAAGACGAUCGCGAUGCACGAGGAGAAGGAGGCGCGCGCGCGGAACGACGACGGCGCGAACGACGGCGCCGUGCCCGCCUUCCUCCUGGAUCGCGAGGGCGCGUCGCGCGCGAAGAUCCUCUCCAACUCCAUCAAGCAGAAGCGCGCGGAGAAGGCGGGCAAGUGGUCCGUGCCCAUCCCCAAGGUCAAGCCCGUCGCCGACGACGAGAUGUUCCGCGUGCAGCAGUCGGGCAAGCGCAAGAAGAAGUCCUGGAAGCGCGUCGUCACCAAGGUGACCUUCGUCGACCCCAACUUCACGCGCAAGCCGCCCAAGUACGAGCGCUUCAUCCGGCCGAGCGGCCUCAGCAUGAAGAAGGCGCACGUCACGCACCCGGAGCUCAAGGCGACGUUCUGCCUCGACAUCAUCGGCGUCAAGAAGAACCCGAGCUCCCAGAUGUACACGACCCUCGGCGUCAUCACGAAAGGCACGGUCAUCGAGGUCAACGUGUCCGAGCUCGGCCUCGUGACGACGACGGGCCGCGUCGUCUGGGGCAAGUACGCGCAGGUGACGAACAACCCGGAGCUCGACGGCUGCAUCAACGCCGUGCUGCUCGUGUAAUUCGUGGGGGUUUU